AUGUUCAGCAGAGUUGCGCGCGCGCGAGUACCUGCCGCGAUUCUAAGCAGACCUGUUGCCAGGAUUCAGACGCCGAGACUGAGUAUGGCGCCUGUGAGGAAGAUGGCGAGUCUGCCGGAGGGCUACAAGGAGGACCACACCAAGGGCGCCAUGCUGCGCUUCGAGGACUCGCUGCCGCGGCUGCCAGUGCCCACGCUCGAGGAGACGGCCAAGCGCUACCUCAAGUCGGUGCACCCGCUGCUCUCCAAGACCGAGUUCGAGGCGACGUCUAAGGCUGUCGGCGAGUUCGUCGCGCCCGGCGGCCCUGGCGAGACGCUGCAGAAGCGGCUCGAGGCGCGGCGCGCACAGCCCGAGAUCAAGAACUGGCUCGCCGAGUGGUGGAACGAGGCCGCGUACAUGGGCUACCGCGACCCCGUCGUGCCGUACGUCAGCUACUUCUACUCGCACCGCGACGACAAGAAGCGCCGCAACCCGGCCAAGCGCGCCGCGGCCAUCUCGACGGCGGUGCUGGAGUUCAAGCGCCUGGUCGACAGCGGCGAGCUGGAGCCCGAGUACAUGAAGAAGCUGCCCAUGGCCAUGAGCUCGUACGAGUGGAUGUUCAACUGCAGCCGCGUGCCCAAGAAGCCCGCUGACACCAGCGUCAAGUUCCCGUUCAAGGAGAACCAGCACAUCAUCGCCGUGCGCAAGAACCAGUUCUGGAAGAUCCCCCACGAGGUCGGCGGCAAGCAGCUCAACACCAGCGAGCUCGAGCUGCAGUUCAACCGCGUCUACGAGAGCGCGGUCAAGACGGACCCCGUCGGCACCCUCACCUCGCAGAACCGCGACGUCUGGGCCGAGGUCUACCCCAAGCUCAAGGCCGCGUCUGCGGUCAACACCGCGACCAUUGAGGCGAUUGAGUCGGCGUCGUUUGUCGUCUGCCUCGACGACGCGGCCCCCGUGACGCUCGAGGAGCGUGCGCACCAGUACUGGCACGGCGACGGCGCGAACCGGUGGUUCGACAAGCCGCUGCAGUUCAUCGUCAACGACAACGGCACCUCGGGCUUCAUGGGCGAGCACUCGAUCAUGGACGGCACGCCGACGCACCGCCUGAACGACCACGCCAGCAAGCUCAUCUUCACCAACGCGCUGCCCUUCGACGACCCGUCGAUCCGCUCCGACCUGCCCAACCCCAAGCCGCUCCGCUUCGAGCUCAACGCCGAGCUGAAGAGCGACAUCGCCGCCGCCACCGCCCACUUCGCGUCGCAGAUUGGCGCGCACGAGCUGCGCGUCCAGGCCUACCAGGGCUACGGCAAGGGCCUGAUCAAGAAGUUCAAGUGCUCGCCCGACGCCUACGUGCAGAUGAUCAUCCAGCUCGCGUACCACAAGUUCUACGGCAAGAACCGCCCCACCUACGAGUCCGCCGCGACCCGCCGCUUCCAGGAGGGCCGCACCGAGACGUGCCGCAGCGUGUCCGACGAGUCCGUGGCCUUUUGCACCGCCAUGGCGGACCCCGCGGCGACGCCCGAGGAAUGCGCGGCCAAGCUGCGCGCCGCGCUCAACGCGCACGUGGCGUACAUCUCAGACGCGAGCGACGGGCGCGGCGUCGACCGCCACCUGUUCGGGCUGAAGAAGUGUAUUAAAGAGGGCGAGCCGCUGCCGAGCCUGUACGCGGACCCGGCGUUCGCGUACAGCAGCACGUGGUUCAUCUCGUCGUCGCAGCUGUCGUCCGAGUACUUCAACGGCUACGGGUGGAGCCAGGUCGUCGACGACGGGUGGGGGCUGGCGUACAUGAUCAACGAGAACAGCAUCCAGUUCAACGUGUGCUCCAAGGGGCUGGGUUCGGACAAGAUGAGCUUUUACCUCAAUGAGGCCGCUGGCGAUAUGCGUGAUAUCAUGCUCCCGACGCUGGAGGCGCCGAAGGCGAAGUUGUAGGCGGUGUUGUAUGUGCGCCGACUGCGGACUACCAACGACUGGGGGGUGUGAACGGAGACCAACA